CGUGUUUUCGCGCACUCACUGUUUUUGAUACUGUACAAAAAGCGAAAUGCCACCGAAGAAGGCUGAAGAGGAAGAGAUUGUGCUGCUGGGCCGCGUGGGCACCAACUUGCGAUGCGGUAUUGUCGGUCUGCCCAACGUCGGCAAGUCGACCUUCUUCAACGUCCUCACCAAGUCGUCCGCCGCUGCCGAGAACUUCCCCUUCUGCACCAUCGAGCCGAACGAAGCUCGCUGCCCCGUUCCCGACGAACGCUUUGACUGGCUGUGCGCGCACCACAAGCCCGCCUCCAAGGUCCCCGCAUACCUCCAGAUCACUGAUAUCGCUGGUCUCGUGAAGGGUGCUGCCGAAGGCCAGGGUCUUGGCAACGCUUUCCUCUCGCACAUCAAGGCCGUCGAUGGCAUCUUCCACAUGCUCCGCACGUUCGAGGAUGAGGAUGUCACCCAUGUCGAGGGCGACGUCAACCCCAUCCGCGAUCUCGAGAUUAUCCACGAAGAGCUGCGCCUCAAGGACCAGGAGUUCUUGGACAAGCACCUCGAUUUCCUGACCCGCACCACCCGCCAGAGCAACGACAAGGCCAAGAAGGAGGAGCUCGCCAUGUGCCAAACGGUGCACGACUGGGUUGUCCGCGACAAGAAGGAGAUCCGCUUUGGCACCUGGAACUCGAAGGAGAUUGAGUUCCUCAACGACCUCACCCUCAUCACUGCCAAGCCCGUCAUCUACCUCGUCAAUCUUUCUGAGGAGGAUUUCAUCCGAAAGAAGAACAAGUGGCUGCCCAAGAUCAUCGAGUUUGUCCAGUCCCGCGACAAGCGAUCAGUUGUCAUUCCUUUGAGCGGUGCUUUCGAGAGCAAGCUCCUCAACAUGACCGAGCAAGAGGCCGCCGAAUACCAAGAGAAGACCAAGUGCACCUCGUCGCUCCCCAAGAUCAUCCGCGCUGGUUUCAAGGCUCUGCAGCUCGAGUACUUUUUCACUGCCGGUACCGACGAAGUCCGCGCUUGGACCAUCAAGCGUGGCACCAAGGCCCCCCAGUCUGCUGGCCGUAUCCACACCGAUAUGGAGCACGGAUUUAUCAUGGCGGAAGUCAUGCGCUUUGACGACUAUAAGGAGGCUGGCUCUGAAAACGCAGUCAAGGCCGCUGGCAAGUACCUCAUGAAGGGACGUGACUAUGUUGUGGGAGACGGCGAUAUCAUCUUCUUCAAGUUCAACCGCCCGACUGGCGACAAGAAGAAGUAAACUUUGGAGCUGUGUUUUUGGAACUUGCUUUGUUUUUUUUUUUUUUUUUUUGUUUUUUGCUGGAGUUCGCUCUCUUAAGUGUUGUGAGAUCGAGCAAACAAUACACUGUCUGCUGAUCAUUUCAUUGUGUGCGAGGUCUGUGGCAUUUUAC